UGUAAAUUGGCUUCCUCUGCGAAAUGCAAUGCAAUUCCCAAAUGCGCCGGCUGCCAGAGACAGAAAUGUCGAAGCGCCUCGUGCCGCACACCUGCUCGCCGGCGGCCGAUCUGCUGCCGGACGACGUCCUCCUCGACAUCUUCCUCCGCCUCCCACCGGAGCCUACGCACCUCUUCGUCGCCUCCCUCAUCUGCCUGCGCUGGCGCCGCCUCAUCCGCGACCCCGCCUUCCUCGUCCGCUUUCGCGCAUUCCAUCGAGCAACCCCCGUGCUCGGCUUCUACCAGAACAUCCGCGAUGGCUCCCGCUGUGGCAUCCGCUUCGUCCCCAUCGCCGAUCCAGCCCCGAGGCUCUCCGCGCUUAAAGAAUACCAGAACGGGGCGUGCCGGGUGCUCGACUGCCGCCACGGCCGCGUCCUCAUCUGCGACGAGGUGUUCGAGUCGCUCUUCGUCUGGGACCCCAUGGCCGCCGAAUCGUUCGAUGUGGGCUCGCUCCCGGAGUUCAGUGGCGAAGAGAACUUCACCGCCGUUCUAGUCUGUACGCCUGGGCACGAUGACCAUACCGACUGCCACUCCGCCCCGUUCCGAAUCGUCUUGGUGGACAACAGUGAUGACGACGAAGAAUUACUGGUAUCUGUUUGCGUCUUCUCCUCAGAGACCGAAGCCUGGGGUGAAUGGACUUCAAUCAGCCCCCCAUCCCUCGUUAGCACAGACUCGGCCGCGGUCGUGGGUGGUUUUGUGUACUGGAUGCUUGGUUCUGAUGAGGACAAUUACCAGGACCACAUUCUUGGGUUUGAAAUGCAAACCAGGAGAUUGGAUUUGAUUGAGCUGCCAAAGGAAGUCCAGGAAAAAUACAAGUCGGAUAUUCAUCUUAUGCCAGCAGAGGACGGUGGCAUUGGUUUCGCUGGCGUGAAUCUGUCUAGUCUCCAUUUCUGGUCCAGGAAGACUGACAAUGAAGGUGCUGCCGGAUGGGCAUUAAUCAGGAUAAUCGACAUGGCGAUGCUCCCAAUAUCUCAUAAGCUAGCUGGAGAUAUGUUAUUGUGGUCAUCUGUAGCUGGAUUUGCUGACGAUAGUGAUGUACUUUUCCUGCACUCAGAAGCUGGUGUCUUCAUGAUCAAUCUCAGGUCUAAGCAGCUCAAGGAAGUGCCUCAAGCAAGUGACAAUGCCAUUUACAUUUAUCCCUACACAAGCUUCUACUCUCGUGGUCCCGACAUUAUCAAGGAUGAUAAAGAUAUGGCAUUAAAGUACCGAAAGAAGAAGAUGCAGGCAGCUGCUCAGGUGGAGGCCGUGGAUAAAGAGCAAACAGAGUCGUCAUCCUCGGGACAUCAGGUUCAUAAGCUGCUUACCAAGUGAUCUAAGGGAAGGACGAAUGGGAAACAUUCCUGUCUGCCGGUAAUCAUGUGGCCUUCAACACCUUUUGUCAGCUGUUUCGUACUUGUGGCUCGUGGCCCUGACAAUGUCGGUAUAUGUUGAUGGGGAAGUGAUGUAGUAAAGCAAGUUACUGCUUUUAUAUUUGGUUCAUGGUGUUGUCAUCUAUGCUGCGGAGCGUCAACUGCAUGUCUGGAGAUAGUCAGAAACUCGUGAGGAGCAUGUAGCAACGCCCGAGUUCAUAUGCUGUUGAGCACCACCUAUUUGGUACCAGUUUUUGUUCC